AUGCAGCUCUCAGACCGGCUGACCCGCUGGCAAUGGGCUGGCCUGGCGGCUGUCGUGGUGAUUGCGCUCAUAACACUGUUGCGCUCAUCGUCCAUCGCCCAGCAAGAUCCCAUCUCCGUCUUCCUUACCACAAAUGGAUCGGCCGACACUUCCAAUGAAGCGACCGACUCGCAGCAGGCCUCGAAAUUCCACCUUUUGAUCCCGGCCAGCGGUCCGCAUUUCCGCGUAUGUCGCGCCAUCGCAUCUGCCACCAUGAUGGGCUAUCCAGUACCGGUCCUAAACGGCUGGAUGCAAGAAGGCGAUUUGGACGCCUCACAAAGUCAUCUCGCAAAAGUGCGCACGACAAUGAACUACCUCGAAGGCCUCCCCGAAGAUGCCGACGACGAUCUCGUCCUGAUGAUCGAUGGGUACGAUGUCACAUUUCAGAUCCCAUUGGAUGUUCUGAUCGAGCGCUACUUCACCGUCAACAAGGCAGCGAACGCCAAGCUGGCCGCGCGAUUCGGCAUUGAAACGAUCGAAUCUCUGUCAGGCGACGACACCCCCCGACAAACCAUCCUCUUCGGACCGGAGAAGGUCUGCUACCCCGUGGACAUAAACCGCGUCGGAUGCUGGGCAAUCCCACAUGACGUCGACAUUCCCGACGGCGCAUUCGGACCAUCCGACGGCGACUGGGCACACAAUAUCCCCCUCUGGCUAAACUCCGGCACCAUCAUCGGGCCGGUACACGACAUGCGCCGAAUGUUCGCGGCCACGCUGGAGCGAAUCGAAAAGUACUACGAUCCGGGACACGAAUUCAGCGACUCCGACCAAAAAUACAUGAGCGAUGUCUGGGGCGUUCAAGAAUAUGCGCGCUCCAUCAAAGAGUUGGAGAUGUACUUCCACGGCGACGUCUACCCACCGGAUGUCGUUCCGGAUCCGGACUCGGGCAAAGUCAUCCCCGAAUUACAACCCGACCAACACACCGAAUUCCACAUCGGCAUCGACUACCGCUCCGCACUAUUCCAAACAAACGCCGGCUCAGAACACUAUGUGGAAUUCCUCACCUACAACGCAACCUCCAACAUCAACACCAACACCUCAAUGACCAACAGCACAAACACCCGCCCCUCAACAUGGGUCACCCGCGACGUAAGCAGCGGCGCGCACAACUUCAAACCAUAUCAAAUCUUCCUCCCCCGAAACCUCGCCCAAUCCAUAAUGCGACUCUUCCGGGGAAUCGCGCACGUUGUUGAUAGGAUCCCUCACAUAACCGAACUGCCACUGCAGACCAACAUCGUCACGAAAAACGUCCACGGCCUUUUCCACUACACCGGCGAGAAGGACCAUAUGGACGAUGUCUGGGGACAAAUGUGGUUCUACCCGUACGGCCGGGAACUCUUCGAAGCAGCCGUGAAGCGGUUGAACGCCAACCACACGAUCGGGAUCGCGGAUGGGCGGCGCUGGACGCAUGCGCAUGUUCUUCCGAAUUCUUCCGUGACGGGCGCGCGGGCUGCGGGCGCGCUGGAUGAUGAGUUGAAUUGGAUUGGGUGGGAAGAAAUGUGUCACAUUUAUGAGGGGAAACUUUUCGUUAAGAAAGGGAAUGUGUCGAGACCUCAUUUGGAUUAA